AUGCCAAACGGUUUUCCUCGUCCCAAAAAGUGGAAAGCGUCGUCGGAAACUUCUCCUUUUCAAUGGUUACACACACUACAAGAAAAGAGUGAACAGACAGAGGAGCGAGUGGCACUGCUCGACGCAUACCACGCGAGGCUGCCACGCUACUGUGAUGAUGCAGAAGGACGUGGUCGUGGGCGUGAGGCACCGCCACAACCACGCGCCCGGCGGCAAAAAGCGAAUAUUGUCGUCUUCUUGCCAUCGAAAAAAGGGCGUCGACUUGUAAUAGAAGGAUACUCAUUCUACAAGCACAUCGCCGGUUACAAAACUAGAUGGCGCUGCGCAAUGCACGUUGGUGGAUGCCGAGCGGUCGCUUUCACUAUAGGCGACGAUUUGAUUAAUGUUAAAAACUAUCACAAUCAUAUGGCUCACCAUAAUACCUGCAAUUCCGACAUAUGUAUCUAACACAUCGAUUUUAUUGUAUACUUAGUUGACUACUGUGUUUUUACGAGUAUAUUGUACGCAUCGCCAUAACUAUUUUUUAAACAUG